AUGGCGUCGCUGGGUGAGGAACUGCUCAAUGUCGUCAACCGCCUGCAGGACCUCGUCUUCAACACCAUCGGCAAUGACUCCCUCGAUUUGCCACAAAUUGUCGUUGUAGGGUCGCAAUCCUCCGGAAAGUCGUCGGUUCUCGAGAACAUUGUCGGUAGAGAUUUUCUACCUCGAGGAAGCGGCAUCGUUACGCGGCGGCCUCUGAUCUUGCAACUCAUCAACCUUCCGAGCGAGCGCGAGGACAAGCCUGCCCACGAUGAGAUACACAUCCCACACACGCCCGCCAGCGUCGCAGGCCAGCAGGAAUGGGGCGAGUUCCUCCACCACCCUGGACGGAGGUUCUACGACUUCGCCGAGGUUAGGCGCGAGAUCGAGGCCGAGACAGCGAGGAUAGCAGGCAACAACAAGGGCAUCAACCGACAGCCCAUCAAUCUCAAAAUCUACUCGCCACACGUCCUGAGCUUGACAUUGGUCGACUUGCCUGGACUGACAAAGGUUCCCAUUGGUGACCAGCCUACGGACAUCGAGAAGCAGACGCGCAACCUCAUUACCGAAUACAUCGCGAAGCCCAACAGCGUCAUUCUCGCAGUGUCACCCGCAAAUGUUGAUCUCGUCAACUCGGAAGCCUUGAAGCUCGCCAGACAUGUGGACCCCAUGGGCAAGAGGACGAUCGGUGUCCUUACGAAGCUCGACCUUAUGGACCAUGGAACGAAUGCUUUGGACAUCCUUUCUGGCCGUGUGUAUCCGCUGAAGCUUGGCUUCAUUGGCAUUGUCAACCGGUCGCAGCAGGACAUCCAGACCGGCAAACCGCUCGGCGAUGCUCUCGAGGCAGAACGUGAUUUUUUCAGACAUCAUCCGGCCUACAGAAAUAUGGCUAACAGAUGCGGAACUCAGUUCCUCGCAAAGAGCCUCAACCAGACCCUCAUGUCUCAUAUUCGAGAACGUCUACCGGACAUCAAAGCUCGCUUGAACACAUUGAUGGGUCAGACCCAACAAGAACUUGCUAGCUACGGCGAUGCAGCAUUCACCGGAAAGGAACACCGCGGUUCGCUUAUCCUGCAACUCAUGACCCGAUUCGCGUCGUCCUUCAUUGCCUCGAUUGACGGUACCUCCGCGGAGAUCUCCACCAAAGAAUUAUGUGGUGGUGCUAGGAUCUACUACAUCUUCAACUCGGUCUUUGGUAAUUCUUUAGAACAAGUGGACCCUACGCAGAACCUCUCCGUGUUGGACAUCCGAACAGCGAUCCGGAACUCCACUGGUCCGCGACCCAGCCUAUUUGUUCCGGAACUGGCCUUUGACCUCCUGGUGAAGCCUCAAAUCAAACUCCUCGAAAUCCCUAGUCAACGCUGCGUCGAGCUCGUUUAUGAGGAGCUUAUCAAGAUCUGCCACACUUGCGGAUCAACAGAACUGACCAGAUAUCCCCGGUUACAAGGAAAGCUCAUCGAGGUGGUUUCCGACCUUUUGCGGGAAAGGCUCGGACCCUGCUCCACAUACGUGGGAUCGCUUAUUGAUAUUCAGCGGGCAUACAUCAACACCAACCACCCCAACUUUCUCGGCGCAGCGGCUGCCAUGUCAUCCGUCAUCAAUGACAAAGAACAACGCGAGAAGAAACUCGCCAUGGACGCUGAAAGGAGAAAGCGGGAACGGCGCAGGUUGAAAGAGCUGAACAACGGUGCGAACGGCGAGAUCGCUGAGGGUGAAGAAGAAGGAGAGGCUACGAACGAGAAAAUCCUUCCGCUCCGGAAACACCAGACUCAAGCAAGUCGCAGUAUGUCGCCAGCAGUAGGACGCUUGCUGAACGGAUCCCACAACAGUGUAUCCAGUGCACUUAAUGGCCACAGAGCACGUUCACCUCCUCCUAUCGGCGGGUCAGGGGCACGUGACAGUUUCCUCAACUACUUUUUCGGCAAAGACGGUGCACCACAAACCAACGCAGCGUUGGAGAGCAGACCCGGGAGUCGACACGUCAGUCAGAACAUUGAGCCUAGCAUCUCUCAAAGUUUCCGGCGAGGCGACACCAGGCAACCGGCUCACGUUUUGGAAAUGGUGCCGGACGACGACGACAUGAAUAGUCCUCUGAAAGACACUUUUGACGGUGGAUUCCCCACGGAUGCCGAAGCCGCGCCUGCCAUGACGGAACGUGAAGCACUGGAGACCGAGCUCAUCCGCCGCCUCAUCUCCUCAUACUUUAACAUUGUUCGCGAAACAAUUGCCGACCAAGUUCCCAAGGCUGUUAUGCACUUGCUGGUCAACCAUUCGAAGGACGUUGUCCAGAACAGACUGGUCAGCGAACUUUACAAGGAAGACCUCUUCCAGGAACUUCUCUACGAAGAUGACACGAUCAAGGCCGAGCGCGAAAAGUGCGAAAAGCUGCUCACGACGUACAAGGAGGCAGCCAAGAUCGUGGGCGAGGUACUAUAG